AACGAUGCAAGAGUUUUUUUCAUUCUGCUGCGGUUAAUUACGUAGCAGAAUUUCACCCGCAAAAUUGGCUGCAUCUAAAAUUCAAAAGCCCGUCCGCUUUGUUUACAUUUGUUUACAAUUGGGAAUAAUUCACCGUCGUUUGCAAAAGCAAUAGCUAUAUUUUUUAUAUCCGAUUACCCACCCCUUAAGGGCAUAAGAAUAGAAAAAUACUACAGAUGUCUCUGACGUUUUUCGCUUUCACGUGUUGUUCAAAUAUUGUGUUUAUUUUUGGUUUUUUAGUGCUGCAAAAAAAAACUUUUCUUUCUUGCAAAGUCAAGAAAAUAUUCAAAAUCGUAAGUAAAAAUAGCAAUUAUCAAAUCUGCUGGUUUCUCCUUUUAAGUUUUCUUCUCCUAUUGUCUUUAUCAUAGAAAUAACCAGCGAAGGCGUUUCAUCAGUGAAAUUUCCACAAUAUACAGGCCGUAUCUAUUCUUUUUUUACAAACCAAAAAAAGAUAAAAAGGGCAGUUAUGCUAAUGGAAGAGACUUUAGAAAGCAAACCGAAUGAGCAAAAGGAGUCGAAAAAAACAAAAAUAAAACGUCGUAAUCCAUUUCGAAGAGAAAAACAAAAGAAAGAAAAAGAAUGUCGUCAAAAAAAAAAAGCCCGUCUGAUUGUGCGAAACAUCGCCUAUAAAGCUACUGACCAGGACUUACGUAUACAUUUUGGCCGGUGGGGUGAAAUCGAGGAAAUAAAUCUUUUAAAACGUGCUGACGGUAAAUUGGUGGGCUGUGCCUUUAUACAAUAUGCGACAAUUAAUCAAGCUACAAAAGCUAUAUUGAAAGGUAAUAAUAAAGAAUUAAUGGGAAGGCCAGUCUUCGUUGACUGGGCUCUAAGUAAAAAUGAAUACGUGGCUGCUAAACAAUGCGACUCGCAGAAAGAUCCAGAGGAGAAAAGAUUUAAAAGUGAAUGUAAAGAAGCAGAAAUUCAACCACAAACGAAUGACAACAAUGGGGAAGAAGAGGUUGAAAAUAAUGAAGAAAAUAACAAAGAGGAUUGUAACAGUAAUAGUGUUGGGGAAAAAGAAAAUAAAGGAAAAGCAAACAUAGAGAAAGUCAUUAAACAAAAAAACAUUUCCAAUGAUGUCAAAGAGCGUUGCACUGUAUUUAUAAAAAAUUUAGCAUUUGAUACAGAAGAUGCAGAUCUACGUAAAGUAUGUCGCAAAUACGGACCCGUUUCAUAUGCCAUUAUCAACAGAGAUCCGAUAUCAGGUCAUUCUAAGGGAACAGCUUUUGUAAAAUUCAAAUCAAAAGAAUCUGCCGAUCUGUGUCUACAAGCAGGCUCGGAGUUCACCUUAAUGGAUGAAAUCCUGCACCCAUAUCCAGCCUUGAGCAAAGAGGAAAUACGUGAGCACACGAAGGAAAACAAAGAAAGGAAGGAAGGAAAGGAUUCGCGUAAUUUAUACUUAACGAGAGAAGGUCUCAUCAUGGCCGGUUCGAAUGCAGCAGAAGGUGUUUCGGCUUCGGAUAUGAAUAAGCGUCAUAAAUUGGAGCAACUGAAAGCCCAAGUACUAAAAAAAUUGAAUAGAUUUGUCUCGCGUAAUCGUUUAUCUAUCCAUAAUUUACCAUUAAAUUAUAAUAAUGAUAAGUUGCGUGAUAUAAUUGAAACCUAUACCGGAUUCAAGCCCCAUGAAUGUCGGGUAAUGCGCGAGAAUAAUAUUGCACGAGAUCACCCCAAAGGUAAGUCUAAAGGAUAUGGUUUUAUGUCAUUUAAGACACAUCAAGAAGCGCUGUUAGCUUUGAGGAAACUAAAUAAUAAUCCAAAGAUUUUUAGCCAGCAGCACCGGCCUAUUGUAGCCUUUAGCAUAGAAGAUCGAGAAGUUCACAGAAUUAAAGAAAAACGUACGGAAAAGUCCAAACUUAAUAAUCCAACAUUUAAGCAAAAGUUGGUAGAACAUAAGAGGAUGAUAGAGCAUGGAAAGUUAAGCAAAAAAUCGUUUUUGAAAACAGGCCCUAAGAGUCUGCAAAGUGAUGAUAAAGACAAAUUAAAAAAACAUGUAAACAAAUUGGAAAAAAGUCAAGCUGCAAGUGGGCAAAAAGUUCAUAUCAUGGCAGAAGAAGGGGAAGCGUUUGUUGGUGCCACAGCUAUGGCGGGAACUUCAUUGCGUAUGCGUUCCCUCAAAAAGAUUAAAGAACAAUCUGAAACGCAUAUGCAGCGAGUGAAAAAUGAAAAAAAGAAAACUAAACAGGAACGCAUUAAACAAGCACGUGAAAAUAAAAUCAGACCGAAGCAAGACUACAAUGUGGAAAAAGAUGAUCUAGCAUCGUUAGUUAAUAAAUAUAAGAAAUUAUUGGAUAAUCGAACCAAUGUAGACAAUAGUACGGUUAAACUGGCGAAACGUACCAAAUGGUACACUGAGUGAAAUGUAUAGUUAUUAAUAAGAUAUUUAGAAAACAAUCUUAUCUUGUCAUCUUUCUGCAACUUUCUUUUUGUUCACCAUUCAUGGUGCAGAGUAUACUGAGUUGUGGACAAAAUUAAUAAAUAUUAAGGCAGUCUAAGUCUAUUCAGAAAAUCAUUCUGAAUCGCUUGGCAUGAUAAAAGUGAUUCUUUCUCAACUUCAUUUAGUUCUUGCAUAUAUCCAAACAAACUUGCUAUACCCUUACAAUAUAGAACGUAAUUGAAGAAGAAAAAA